AUGACAACGAGGAAGAAUUAUGCGAGUUCUUCGACGCAAUUUCUGUGCACUGAAGGAGGAGUGGAGAAUGCUAAAGAAAAUCUUCCACUAGUAGGAUUAAAUGUGCCGGUUUUCAUCGGAGAGAACAGUGCUUCAGGGGAAUAUACACUUGGUUUGCCCACGCGGACAAAGUCAGUAGAGAACGGAAACUUUUUACAAAGGAGCUUUAGCCAGGAAACUGAUGCAAGCUCUUCACCGCGGAAUAUUGCUCGUUUGGCACGAAUCUCGACUUCCUCGACAGCAACAAGUCCAAAUACAUUAUUUGAAGGAUUUCAAAUUCCGACCGAGACGGUCAUUCCGGUGGAAAAUGUUAGUCCCAUAAAGAAGAAAAAAAGUAUAUCGGCGCAAGAAGCCAUUCCAAUUCUACCCCGCUCCGCAGCCAUUGCUUGUCUGAUUUUGAACAUUUUAAUUCCCGGUUUAGGUAGGUCUGUCUGUGUUCAUCAGUUUUUCUUUGCUGUCGGCACUAACUACAGUCUGUCAGCACAGGCUUUAAUUAGCAUUUAUUUACGCUAGAGGUUUUGUUUCCAAGGGGAAAUUUUGAGUUGGAUAUUUCAACCAGACUUUUGAUGAUUGAAUUGCUCUCCGGCCAUCUCGGAUUUAUACAAAAAGGUAAAUCGUAUGAAACCGAUUCUUGUUAGAUCAUCAAUGCAGUACUGUAGAAAAAACGGUUCAUUUUAUAUACUGAAAAAUUCAUCAUUAGGCCUUUUCGUGGAAAGAUGGGAAUAAAUUAAAAUGAUAUGCCGGAUUAUCCGAGACAAGGCUUUGACCCAUGCCAUGUAUUUUGAAUUUCUCAGUUUCAGCUUUCGUCAGUAAUAUUAUUUUGUAUUGUUGACAAGACAUUUGAAGUUAGACAAAUAGAGGAAAAUGAAUAUUCACCAUCAUUUUAUGAUUUUCUUGAACUCGCUCAAGAGCUUUAAAUUUUCCUCCAUACAUAAUAACUGUAUUCAGUUUAAUUGUUGCGUACAGGAUGACAUAAAAAAAGCGAUAUUUUAAUGUGUUCGAUCUCAUAUAGACUGUCAGUUCUCAAGAGGCAAUUGAUAACAAGUAAAUUCUCAAAGGACCUCUAUCCGUUGAUAGAAAAAUGGAGUUUUCCAUUUGCUAGUGCGCUUGUGAACUGAAUGUUUGCGAAGGGCAAAAAAAUCCCUACAAUGUAUCAGCGUCGCAUGGGAGCCAUUGUCACUGUAGCCAACUUCUAAAUAUUGUCUCAAUUCUCGAACUGAAUUGUGCGCUCAUCUUCUUUCUCGACAGAAUUACAGAUAUUAAUCUUCCGAAGGUAUCAGUGCAAUCUCGAAUCAAAGAAUUUUAUCAAACAAAGCGCAUUUAAAACUUUACUUAACGCCUCCCAGAGCCGUGAGUUGAUACCAUCAAAGGUUAUGAUUUCUCUAUCACAGUACGAAUCCGAAUCUAACGUUGUUCGUCAAACUACACGGUAAAAAAAAAUAAUUAGGAUAAUAUUUAACGAACGAAAGUCAUAAACGCUUUCUUUAUUUGCUUAAUCCAGCUUCCUGUUGUACUUACGUUAGGCAGUCGUUUGUAACACUUUAUUAAUUACGUAUGCAUGCAGUACCAAGUAUUGAAAUAAGCGCCGAUUUCAACAGCUGAAUUCUUCAAUCUUGGUAUUUUUUACGUCUGAAAUUUAAAAGAGAGAGUGUUUUACGUAAAAGAGUGAUUUAAAUUGCUAAAACAAGGCGUUCAGUUGUAAAAUCCCGAUCCACUUGUAUUAUUGUCCAGCCAGUUUUACAGACACCUGUUCAGAGUACUAUUCUCGGUUACGUAAUCCAAAAAAAUAUAUUAUAUAUUUAUCACUCAAUUUUCCAUGAGUAGGAUGAUUAUCCAGAAUAUUUAUUAAUUGCAAUCGAUGGGGUUGAUAAAGAUCGACUCUUUUACUACUUCUGUUUAGCUAAGGCAAUUACACAUGAAACAGUUUGCAGGUAAUUCUCGCCUUUGUUGAAUAUCCGUCAUACAUUAUUCAUUUCGUUAUUAGCCAAUUCUUCCCUUGAAAUUUUGCCGAAAAACGCGUUUUAAAGGUCUCCGAGAGGUUUUCCGGUCACCUGAGAGUCGUGCUAUAAAAAGCUAAAACUUACCAUGAAGCCUUUUUGGUAGGUCGUACAUUUCGCGGCCUUCUGAUCCAAAUGCCAAAUAUUAGCUUGCGAAGUUCGGCAUACGCAGGGUUUCAAAGUGACACAGCAGUCUUGACUUUUACUUUCCUCUUUCUCUCCUCCCGUCGAUCUUUUUCUUGCUUUUCUUGCCUCAUUUAUUUUUUCUUUUGCUGGGCAUUUAGUAGGCUUCAUUUUGGUGGGAAAAGUUUUUAGGAAAGCUUUUAGGAUCUUAAAAUUGGAUGAAAGGAAAGGUAGGCGGGUAGUGGAACAAGAUUUUCAUGGAAAUUUUUAGGUCAAUGUUACUUGGUUGUUCACCUUUUUCUCCGGUGUCCUUGACUGAAUUGAACUCAUUCUGGUAUAGUGUGAAAGAUUUCUUCACUCUGCACAAGUUAGCGGACAAAGUUGUCCUUGACCGUUAAAACUGACGACGUAACAAGUGGUAGAAGGGACGUGGAUCCACACAAGCGGUUAGGGACGGCACAGGGGAGAAUGGGUUAAAGCGAUUACUUACUCAGUUUAUUAGUAGUGAAUUUUUGAAACUGAGGUCUUGAAUGUGAUCAUUUAGCGUAGAGCAUGCUCUAUUCUCUUUCGUUCUAGUUUUUUUUCCUUCGGUUCGAUCGUCCUUUGUUCACAAAAUUGAUAUUAGCUGCGAUGAAAUAGUAGAUGGGGGAAAAGAGAAAUAAAAACAAAAAAGGAAAAAAUGAAAAUUUAAUCAGUGAAAACUAACCAUUGAAUGGCGUAGGUUCUUGUAUUGAUGACAGUGACAUAGAGUGAAAGGAGACUGGCCGACAGUUCCUCUGUUUUUGAUUACUUUUUAUCCUUAACUUCUAUGACUACUAUUUCGUUCCAUUAUUGCCAGUCUGACUCUAUGCGAAAAAAGCCUUUCAAUAAUGUGCAUUAUCCGAGCAUUUUAUAGACUUUUUGGAAGGAACAAGCGAGUAUUUUAGCGGGGAAAAUGGAGCAUUAUAAAGUUGGAGAAUUUUAAUGGGGAAACAAAAACAUAAUGUACAAAAAGCUACUAUGCAGUUCAUGAAAGUGAUGCUAUGUAAUCGGGAGGAUAGAGAUGAAAACUUGUACCAACUUGACCCGGCAAUUUGUUCCUUUUUACUUGUCUCUAUCAUUUCAUCGCCAGAUUCAGCCGUAAGAAAAAACUGGGACAAUUUUUAUCCGCUCAUUUCCUAACUUAACAAAUUUGAAUAUGACCAGUUUUACUUUUGCUUAGUGACCGGGAUUCUAAAUCUCUCUUUUGUCACCGUUUCAGCUGAUGGUCGAGGUAAAGAUGACGUUCUCUUUUUAGAGUCCGUCUCUCCUCUUUCUCUCUAUCUGGGGAACUUUAGCAACGACGACGGCGACGGCAACCAGGACGUCAAAAAAGCAAUGGGUUUAUUACGCAAAACAACAACUUUGCACGUGCAUCACGCUUUUUUGUACAUUUCUUUACCGUCCUUGCACGAUUACGACGUGAAAAUGCCUAAUUGCAAGUUUUAUGGAGGACGUAAACAAGCGACGACGAAUCUCUUUUUCUUUCUCUAAACUUGAGUGUGGUCCUCAAGAAAUCAACUCCAGGGAAAUUCGCCUACACUUGCCAUUUUCAGCAAAUUGGAAUAAACGCGACAAAGAUUGAAAAAACGGGAAUUCAUUCUAAAACUGACGUUUUCGCUGCCGUUGCCGUCGUCGAUACUAAAACUCCCUUCUGAUUGGAACACGGAGAGAUAGUGAUUCUGGGGCAACCAUCAGUAAGAUAGAAUACCGUGAACUGCUGCUUAUAAACCCUGAGCAUAUACAUCCAGCUGUACAUCUUCUAGUUUCUAGCUUUAGUUUGCAAUGUCAUGCAUUUACACCGCACUUACAAUCGGAGGGACUUAUAACCAAGGGAGCUUAAAACCGGAAUAGAAAAAGGGCUUCGAAAAAAACUAUUAAUAGAAGUGCUGAUCAAUAUACGUAUUGUAUUUACUGGUUUUUAAUUAAGCUUCAAAAGAUCUUAAUAAAUCGAAUUCAUUUCGAUACAAGCUAGACGGGGAUUUACAUCCAGGGAGGCUUAUUUAAGCAAUAGACCACACUUUCUAUAGGUUUACCGGCGUGAUAACCCACGAGGGACGCGGUUCGUGAUUUACAAGGCUUCUCGUGUUCUCCCAACAUCCCAAGUGGGUUAUCACGCCUGUAAACCCAUAGAAAGUGUGGUCUAUUGCUUUUAUAAAAUAACUGUAAGUUUUGUAUGAGUUUACCGGCACAAUUAACCAUAGGUUUUAAAUCCAAUCAGAACGCGAAUACUUUCUUAGUUAUUUUAUAAAAUCCGAUAUUUAUUUUUAUUUACAGGCAGAUGGGCCUAUAACUUGAGACAGGCUUAUAAGCAGGACCUUACUUUGUGUUUGUUUCCAUGUUUCAUUACAGGAACAGUUGUAUCAGGCUUGAUAGCUUUUUUCCUAACUCGACGCGAAAUCCCCCUUAAGGACCGCGCAUCCAUUCUUUGCGUUAAUUGUUUUGUGGGAAUCAUGCAGUUGACGACUAUUGUCUUCCUUAUGAUUGGUUGGAUCUGGAGCAUUGUAUGGGGAUGUGCAUUUGUAGGGCUAUCUGGUAAGUUCACAGUAAGAUCUGGGUACAGUUGUACCUCCAUGUGUUGUACCUCCCAUAAGCGCCACUUAUCCAAAACGCCAAAAUAUUGCCAGUCAAAGCACUCUAGCACGAACGUCUCGUAA